AUGGGUACUGCAUCUGAAGCGUCUAAGGACGCAGAGGCGCCUGCGAAGCAAAGUCUUAUGCGGCGUGCCACCUCGUUCGGUCGUUUGCUGGUCUAUGGCAACCCCUCAUCAUCCGACCUAGCCCUCCUCUUCGUCGGUUUUAUUACUUCAAUCGCCUCCGGAAUUCCCUUUCCUAUUAUGUCAAUUGUUUUUGGACAGCUCGUAGACGGACUAAACUCAUCAACGUGCAACGUCACCCCCUCCAACGCCGACUCCUACCAAGCGGGAAUCAACGAUAAAAUUCUGCUGAUUGUAUACAUCGGUAUUGCCUAUUUCGCUCUUAUCUACAUUUACGUCCUUUGCUGGAAUCUCUCUGGCGAGCGUCUAGCCCAGCGUCUGCGAGAAAAAUAUUUCAGCGCUAUCCUGCGACAAGAUGCCGCAUUUUUCGACAACCUGCCCGCCGGAGAGGUGUCUUCACGCAUCACCGGGGAAAUCGCCGUCAUACAGCAAGGCUCUUCCGAGAAGGUCGGCAUUGUGAUCAACAGCGUCGCAUUCUUCAUCACCGCAUACAUAGUUGCCUUCAUCAAGGACCCGAAACUGGCGGGCAUGCUGGUCUCCCUCACCCCGGCGUACCUGAUCAUGUCUAUCGGCGGAGGGUAUUUCGUGCAAAAGUUCUUCGGCCGCGCUCUGGAGGGUAUGGCAAAGGCCUCAUCGGUCGCGCUGGAAGCCUUCUCGAAUACAAUGGUCGUGCAAGCUUUCUCGGCGAAUGCACGCCUGGAGGAGAAAUUCGUUGAAGUCUUGCAUCAUGCUUUGUCGGCCGGCGUGUGGAAGUCCAUUGCUGCAGCCACUCAGGCGGGUCUUCUAUACUUCAUAGCCUUUUCGGCCAAUGGUCUUGCCUUCUGGCAAGGAUCGCGUCAAAUCGCAGACGCUGUGGAGUCUGGUGGCGAUGGAAUCACGGUGGGAAACACCUUCACGGUUAUUCUCAUUCUUGUGGAUGCAUCUUUGAUUCUCAGUCAGGCCGCUCCCUUUUUGCAAAGCUUCGACGCCGCCGCCGUCGCGUUCGGCAAGCUGGAAGCCGAUAUUGACCACCCGACUACCAUUGACGGCACCUCUGAGGAUACUGGUCGUGUGCUGCCAGAGGUUACGGGAAAUGUGGAGUUGAAGAACGUUUUAUUCACGUUCCCAUCCCGACCGGACAAGCCCGUGCUCCAGGACCUCUCGUUGACCUGCCCGGCUGGUCAGCAGACAGCUAUUGUUGGACUUUCAGGCAGUGGCAAGUCUACCGUCGCCGGCUUGAUCACCCGGUUCUACAAUGUGGACGAGGGCGCGGUACUGCUAGAUGGCCACGAUGUCAAGGACCUCAACGAGCCAUGUCUUUUGGACCGUUCAAUCCUUGAAAACAUCGCCCUGGGCCUCAUCAACUCCCCCAGACAUGAUCACCUGCAUUCCAUCCUAAUGGGCAGCGUUCUCGCCGACGUCGCGGCAGCUGUGCGAGAUGGCCAGGAUCUGGUGACGGCUUCUCUGGCGCAAGGGGAUGGCGCACGAGAAAUCGUGGAAUUGGUCCUGCACGCUGCUCUCUUGGCCGAUGCGAACGGGUUCAUUGAGCGCUUGGAUGAGGGCUUUGGAACACUAGUUGGGUCAAAGGGAAACCUCAUUAGCGGUGGACAGAAACAACGUAUCUCCCUGGCGCGUGCUCUGGUGAAAGACCCGCGUAUCCUCAUCCUGGACGAAGCCACCGCCUCGCUCGACUCGGCGACGGAGGCGCGUAUCCAAGAGGCGCUAGAUAACGUGGCGAUCGGCCGGACUGUGAUCACCAUUGCCCAUCGUCUGUCAACUAUCAAGAAUGCUGACAACAUUAUCGUCAUGCGCCAAGGAAAGCUGGUGGAACAAGGAACUCACCAGCAACUGCUCGAGGCUAACGGUGCUUAUGCUGAGCUAGUUCGUCUCCAAAACCUCAACGUCCACGGUGGGCAAGAUGAUGAGGAGACGGAAGUGAGCUCUGCCCGUUCUAACUCAUUGGUGCCAGUUAUCACCGAGAAGACCGGAGCUCUUGAGACAUCGUCUGUAACCGAUGCAAUUGACGAAGAAAAGACCAAGCCUGCGGAGACUGCGGAGCCAGAGAGUGCGGUCGAGGAAAAGCGAAGCUUUGGAUCAACCAUCGGCUCAAUGGGCUCCCUCUUCCGACCGUACACAUUCGUGCUGCUCCUAGCAGUCGUUGGUGCUGUGAUCAUCGGAGGUACCUAUUGUGGAUCAUCGGUGAUUUUCGGCAACGUCGUGGGCAAGCUCAGUGGCUGCGAGGAGCCUGAAUCCAUCCGUCAUGCCGGAGAGCUUUUUGGACUCCUGUUCUUUGUGCUGGCCAUUAUUGAAUUCCUUGCUAAUUUCGUCAGCUGGUCCCUGUUUGGCUGGGUGGCUGAGCAAGUGAUCUACAAGGUGCGUGUACUAUCGCUGCGGUCCAUCCUCGAGCAGGACUUGGCCUGGCACGAGUCCGCAAAUCAGAACCCGUCACUAUUGCUGUCGUUCAUUACAAAGGAUAGCAGUGCAUUGGGUGGCUUAACCGGCUCUGUGGUCUGCACUAUCCUAUCGGUGCUGGUGAGUCUCGUCGCGACUAUUACCAUGACACACAUCAUUGCCUGGAAGAUUGCACUGGUAUGUCUCUCCGUGAUCCCUCUGUUGCUGGGCGCCGGCUAUAUGCGAGUCACCACGCUGGCCAGUUUCGAGGAGCGACACUUGGAGGCCUUUGCCAAUUCCGUGGGCAUCACCGUGGAGGCCGUCAACUCAAUUAAAACCAUCAUGUCACUUUCACUGGAGCACGAGGUGCUCGGCACAUACCGUCGAUCCCUCUCCGCCCCAAUGCGACAAAUCGCUCGACAGAGCGCCUGGGCAAACCUAUGGCUGGCCGUCGGGUACGGCCUGAGCAACUUCCUCUAUGCACUGGCAUACUGGUGGGGCUCAAAGCGAAUCAUCGCGGGUGAAUACACCCAGACGCAGUUCUUCAUCGUGCAGCUAGCACUGCUUGUCAGCUCCCAACUGUGGGGACAGAUGUUCGCCCUCGCACCCGACGUGUCGCGCGCAUUCCAGGCCACACGGCGGCUGCUCAACCUGCUCGAUCUGGGGUCGACGAAAAAGUUGUCCGCGCCGCUCCAGCGAGCCGGGGAUGUCGAAGCCACGGCGCCUCCCCGCGAGAAGACAUCCUCCGCUGAGUCCCGCGACGGCAUCAGUGUUGUCUUCAAGCAAGUUCGCUUCUCAUACCCGGCGCGCCCCGACACCCAGGUGCUGCAUGGCCUGGAUUUGAGCGUCCAGCCGGGACAAUUCGCUGCGCUCGUCGGGCCCAGCGGGGCUGGCAAGUCCACGAUAAUCUCACUCGUUGAGCGACUAUACGGACCCAACUCUGGAACAAUCGAGGUUGACGGCCACAAUAUCGCCUACAGCGACGGUUCGUUCCGCGAUGAUAUUGCCUACGUUCCUCAACAGAGUGUGCUGUUCGAGGGGACGAUCCGGUUCAAUCUGACUCUGGGCGCCAGGCCGGGUCAGACAGUCACCCAGUCGGAAUUAGAGGACGCGUGUAAACUGGCCAACAUCCAUGACACGAUCAUGCAGCUGCCUGAUGGGUAUGAUGCCUACUGUGGGCCAAACGGUGACCGGCUUUCUGGAGGCCAGAAGCAGCGAUUGGCGAUUGCGCGCGCGCUCAUCCGCAAGCCUAAGCUGCUGUUGCUGGACGAGUCCACGAGUGCGCUCGAUGCGGAGUCGGAGAGACUGCUGCAGGACGGGCUGGAGAAGGCCACGAAACAUAUGACGGUUAUUGCGAUCGCGCAUCGACUGUAUACUAUCCGGAAGGCGGAUGUGAUCUUCUUGAUUGAGGAUGGUCGCUGCGUUGAGAGAGGAACUCAUGCACAGCUGAUCGAGCGCAGCGAGAGUUAUCGUGUGAAUGCACUCAACCAGGCGGUGGAUGGAUGA